CCGUAAUCUACCAUUUUGUUUUGAGAAACAACGCCAAUUCUAAUAUUCUUUAUAACGCUUCCAUUUCAAAAAGAAAUCUUAUAAAAUACCACCAAAUUAACGCAAACGCCACCAUUUUUCAACCAGCGAAAAGAAAUCGUCGAUAAUGAGCGAUUCGCCUAAAGACAGAAGAGGCCGCGAGCGGGACCGCUCCCGCCGAGACCGCGGGGGCCGCAUGGAGAACAGCAGGGACCGCAGCAACGACAGAGGAGGCGGCAGGGAGCCCCGCAGCAUGAGAUCGUCGCAAAAUAGAGUGUUCGUGUCGAAUAUCCCCUACGAGUAUCGUUGGCAGGACAUCAAAGAUUUAUUUAGGAAUAAAGUAGGAGACGUCGCGUUCGUUGAGCUGUUUGUUGACGAUAAGGACAAAAUGAAAGGUAGCGGCAUUGUCGAAUUUUCGGAUCCCGAAGCCGUUAGGAAAUGUCUCGAGGUGAUGCAACGGUACGAAGUGAAAGGUCGCAAGCUGGUCGUGAAAGACGACGCUGGCGUCGUACGCGACAAAUUCGGUUCGGUAUUGGGAGGCGGCGGCGGAGGCGGAGGCGGCGGUCGCAGGCACCGCGACGGCGGCGGCGGCGGCGAUAGGUUUAGAGAUGAUCAUCAUCGGGGCGAUUUGGGUAGUAGUUUGUCUCUUAGAAAUGACGACUCGAAAUGGGGCAACACGUACGGCUUGAGCCCGCAGUUCCUCGAGUCUUUGAAAAUCGAUCCGCCGCUUAACAAUAAAGUGUUUGUGGCCAAUUUGGACUACAACAUCGACGAGAAGAAGCUGAAAGAGGUGUUCCGGCUGGCCGGGCGCGUCGUCAACGUCGAUCUCCCCUUGGACAAGGACGGGAAAAUUCGCGGCUUCGCCGUGAUCGAAUACGAUCACCCGGUGGAGGCGGUCCAAUCGAUAUCGAUGCUGCAGGGCCAGGUGUUGAACGAGCGACCGUUGGCGGUGCGCAUGGACCGCGCCAACGACGCCAUCAAGCUGCCCGACGGGCUGCGAUCGAUCGGCAUGGGCUUGGGGCCGAACGGCGAGCCUCUGCGCAACGUCGCCUACAAUCUACCGUCGUUGGGGAAUAACCUGAUGGGCGGCGGGGGCGGCGCGGGAGGCGCCGGGACGGGUAUAUUGGGCGCCGUGCCCAACGGGUCGUUGCAAUUGGCCGGGGCUUUGUCAGGAUUAUCGAACGUCAACAGUUUGGCGAAUCUCAACAGCCAGGUGUUGCAAUCGUCGAAUUUCUCCGGCCUGGCCGGCACCCUGUUGGGCAACGGCUUGGGCGCCGCCGAUCUCUCGUCGCUCGUCCAGAAUCCGCUUCAGGCGCAAAACGCCGCCGCCGCCGCGACGCAACAGCUGGCCCAGCAAUUGUCGCAGAAUUCGGGCUCGGUCAAUUUGGGCAACUACAACAGGAACUCGGGUGAUAAUUCUUACGGAAAUAUGCAGAAUCAGGGCAUGUCGCAGAAUUCGUACACGAGCGGCUUGGUAAACAGGAAUUAUUCGAGCUCGGGCGGGAUGAACUCGAACAGUUACACGACCGGUAACUACAUGGCUCCCAACGGUUCAACGUUCAACCGAUCCGAUAACACCGGAGGAAAGAGUUUCUCCAAAAAGAUAAUCGUUUCGAACUUACCUCCAACGGCGAGUUAUAAGCUGUUGAACGAGAAAUUUUCCGAGUUCGGUGAUAUACAGGGAUUCGAAGAGAAGGCCCACGGGAGCGUUUUAGUCACCUACGGUUCGGAUUGGCAGGCCGAAAGGGCCAUAAAGAAUUUAGAUAAGGCCCGAAUCGACGGACGUAUGAUAGACGCUAGACUGUAUUUCUAAUAGUCCAGUUAAUUUUGUACAUUAAUUAGGUUUAUUAACGAGUUUUAGUUUUGUAGUCGUUUAGUAUGUUAAUUGUAUUUUUUUUUUGUAAAGAAAUAAAAUUGGUGUUUUCGUCGUUGGAAACGUUUGAUA